AUGUUCUUAUUACUAUUAUUACUUAUUUCGUUGGGGUAUAGCAUUCCACCACCAACAACUAUGGCACCUAAUGCAAUGUCUCCACAACGACCAUUUGCUAUGAACACACAAGAGUUGGAGCGUCAGAUGUUAGAGAAACAUAACCAAGACUUACGAUUUUUAGUCGAUAAAUAUCUGUUAGACCAACAAAUGAAAGGAUCACUACGAAACGCUAAUCGACGACUUUUCAGAGAAAUGAAAUUAAACAAUUUGGACGCAAAGGCGACGUUUCACCGCACUUUAGCGAUGCGGGGGUCGUCUCCAAAUUACAAACCGUCGAUUGAUAAGUGGCACCAACUCGAGUUGAACUCCAAGUUCCUUCGACGUAUAGCAAAGACUUCACUUCAUAACAAUUUGGACUAUACCGGCUUAUAUACAAAAGCAUUCAAAGGUGAUGUGAACUUCCCAUUACUCAAACAUAUCUACAAACGGGCCGAUUUCUUGAAGACAGGCCCGAAUAAAGCGUUCAACACUUUUAUUCGGCCAGACGGAGAUCUUUCUAUUGAUGACAUCGACACCGACGCUAAUUAUUGGGCUAACAAAUACUUCGCGAGAAAAUAA